AUGGGGCAUUGGGGGGUCAAGGGGACAGCAUGCCCGGCUGAGUCGGAUGGCGAAGAAAUGCAGCUGGACGGGUCGAGGCGUACCUGCUGGUCUCCCGAGUUGGUCGAGACGUAUGGACCACAGAACUGGAGUCUCAUCGCCAAGAGCUUGGGCAGCGGCCGCAAUGGCAAGAGCUGCCGCCUGCGGUGGUUCAACCAGCUGGACCCAAAUUUAAAGAAGGAGGCCUUCACCCAGGAGGAGGAGGAGGAGAUCCUGCUGCGCCACGGCGAGCUGGGCAAUCGCUGGGCGGCCAUCGCCAAGUACCUCCCCGGCCGCACCGACAACGCGAUCAAGAACUACUGGAACGGGCACCUGAAGAAGCGGCUGGGGCCCAGCCGGUCAGCCGAUGAGGCCGACGCCAAGCGCCUGCGCUCCCUGGCCAGCCUGGCGUUGGAUACUGGCCACCGCCCCGGCGGCGGCGCAGCCAGCAUGCAUGGUGGUGGCGGGCAGGCGCCCGCAGCCUUACAAUCCAGCCUGGGCGACGUCCUGCGCGCGCGGCUGUCCGGCCUGGCGCCGCGCGGCCAGCGCUUGACCCCGGGAAUGGCCGGGCACGGCGUGCCAGGCGGCGCCCAGGAGCACCACGAAGGGAGGAGCGAGGACAACCCCCUGUCGUUCCUGGCCAUGGCUGCCUCCAUGGACGCCGUGGAGUAG